UCCCUCUCGUCCUCCCCCUCUCCGCGUUGCAUUAUAUUCUCCAACAGGAGCUCCUUGUUCAAAAACGACAACACUUCUUCUUCUUCGUCUUCUUCUUCAAUCUCUCAGGGUUCAAAAUCUUCGAUUCGAAUAGAUGGAAAAUGAAGAAUGUGACUCUGUUGGUAUGGUCAGUGAGCCUACCACAAGUCCUUAUGAUAAUAAUCCUCCGAAACAAGAUUAUUCUACCACAAGCGGGCUUGUUUGUGAUCCAAGUGUAGAUAGUGAAAGUAAGGAAGUUAGCAAACCUAUGGACACUGCCAGUAACACCCACAAUAUUCCAUAUAUCUAUAGGCAAGACGUUGUGAAGAGAAAUAACAGUGGCACAACGGGGAUAGUGACUGAAGUUGCAGGUGAAACAGAUUCAGAUAGCAGCAUUACUGAUGACGAGGAUGAUGACGGUGAUGAUGAUGAUGAUGAUGAUGAAGAAGAAGAAGACAAUGGUGGCGAGAAUGAGGAAGAUGGUGAUGGAAAUAGCAAUGCCAAUGCCAAUAGUGAUUGGAAAAGAGGUGGUGGUAAGAGUGAUCCUCUACCAGCAGACCAGGUGCGAGUACUUUGGAUGGAUGAAACUGAGUCAACCGUAAAUGUUAAUGAUGUAACAGUUGUUGACCGUGGAUUCUUACAUGGGGAUUUUGUUGCCGCUGCUUCGGACCCAACUGGGCAAGUGGGUGUUGUCGUGGAUGUGAAUAUCUCCGUCGACUUAUUAGCUCCAGAUGGGUCUGUUAUGAAAGAUGUCCCAUCCAAAGAUUUGAAACGCGUAAGGGAUUUCACUGUGGGUGACUAUGUUGUCCUUGGUCCAUGGCUUGGUAGAAUUGAUGAUGUUUUAGAUAAUGUGACUGUUUUGUUUGAUGAUGGUUCUGUGUGUAAGGUUCCAAAAGCUGAGCCACUGCGUCUAAAACCAAUUUCCAAGAAUAUCCUCGAAGAUGGGCAUUUUCCUUAUUAUCCAGGCCAGCGUGUAAAGGCUAGUUCUUCAUCAGUUUUCAAGAAUUCUAGGUGGCUAUCUGGCUUAUGGAAAGCUAAUCGAUUGGAAGGUACUGUUACAAAGGUUACAGUAGGAUCGGUUUUUAUUUAUUGGAUAGCAUCUGCCGGAUAUGGACCAGAUUCUUCAACUGCCCCUGCUGAAGAACAGAGUCCAAAAAACUUAAAACUGUUGUCUUGUUUUUCCCAUGCAAAUUGGCAACUGGGUGACUGGUGUCUUCUCCCCUCAUUGGCACUUCCGUCCUCCAUUACCUUAGACAACGGUUUAUCAAAAUUAGAACUGCAUCAUUCCAUCAAUAGUGAAUUAGAUUCUACUCAACUGGGAAGUGGAUGUGAUUCAGAAGAGGUUUCAUUGGAGGAAUCAAAUGAAAAUAGUGAAUCCAUGGAUCUUGAUCCUGUUCCUGCAGUGGAUGAAAAUGAUAGAAACUUUCCCAUCAAUGAGACCGAGUCUAGCUCUUGUGGUAGUUCAUUGUCAGUUUCUAAGGAGCCUGUCCACGAGUCUUGGCCUCUUCAUCGCAAGAAGAUCCGUAAAGUUGUUGUUAGGAGGGACAGGAAAACUCGAAAGAAAGAGGAAAGUUUUGAAAGAGCCCUUUUGAUUGUCAAUACGGUUACAAAGGUUGAUGUGGCAUGGCAGGAUGGAAAGACAGGACACUGGUUGGACUCGACAAGUUUAAUUCCGAUUGGUAGUCCUGGUGAUCACGAGUUUGUUGCUGAGCAGUAUGUGGUAGAGAAGGCCUCUGAUGAUGGUGGUGAUGUUGGUGAAAUCAGGCGUGUUGGAAUUGUGAAAAGUGUGAAUGCCAAGGAACGGACAGCUUGUGUGAGGUGGUUAAAGCCAGUUACCCGUGCAGAAGAUCCUCGAGAGUUUGACAAGGAGGAAAUCGUAAGCGUCUAUGAGUUGGAGGGACAUCCGGAUUAUGAUUACUGCUAUGGGGAUGUAGUUGUUCGAUUAUCUCCAGUUUCUGUUUCUGCAGAAACAGCUACUGGCAUAGACUCCAUUGAUCAAGCAAAGCAGCAAAAUGGGCCGGAUGAGGUUAAACAGGAUAUGAAAAGGCACUCAGGAUGUAAGAAAGUAGAUGAUGCAUCUGAAUAUAAAGCUUGUAGUGGUUUCUCAGAUCUCUCUUGGGUUGGGAAUAUAACUGGUCUUAGUAAUGGUGAUAUUGAAGUUACAUGGGCUGAUGGGAUGGUUUCAAUGGUUGGACCUCAAGCAAUAUAUGUUGUUGAUCGAGAUGAUGAUGAUGAGUCAAUUGCUGCUGGGAGUGAAAUCAGUGAUGAUGCUGCUAGUUGGGAAACUGUUAAUGACAAUGAGAUGGAUGCCCUUGAGAAUGUUCAGGAGGAAGAUGGGCUGCAUGAUGCCCACUACACAAAUUCUGAACCAGAAGAAAGUAGAGAGAAUUCUGGCAAAAAUACAGCACUAUCAGUUCCCUUAGCUGCACUUCGGUUUGUUACAAGACUGGCCACUGGGAUAUUCUCGCGGGGACAAAAGAAUUUAGAUCCAAGCUGUUUGGAUUCCAAAAUUGAAAGUGAGCUUGAAUCCCAGCGGAUCAUACAGAUUUCUGGGGGAAAAGAUUCUAGUGAUGAGUCUAGUUCUCAGAAAUCAAACGUCAUUGAUAGUUUUGGUACAGAUGUUAAAGAAGAGGUCGCCUCUGAGGCCCAAAAACUGUUUGAAGCGGCAGAGGCAUCAGGUAACUUGAGGACUGAAGAAUCAAAUGCUCCAGCAUGUUCUGGGGAUGACACUUGCGGUUUCAAACACUUCGAUAUAGCUAAAGAUCCCAUGGACCAUUAUUUUCUUGGUGCAUGUGGACAGAAUAACAAUGGAAGGAAGUGGUAUAAGAAGGUUCAACAAGAUUGGAGCAUCCUUCAGAAUAAUCUGCCUGAUACAAUCUAUGUACGAGUUUAUGAAGAUCGAAUGGAUCUCUUAAGGGCUGUUAUAGUUGGGGCAUAUGGGACGCCUUACCAAGAUGGCCUCUUUUUCUUUGAUUUUCACCUUCCACCAGAGUACCCUGAUGUUCCUCCAUCAGCAUACUAUCAUUCAGGUGGCUGGCGGAUAAAUCCAAAUUUAUAUGAGGAAGGGAAGGUGUGCCUUAGCCUUUUAAAUACUUGGACUGGAAAAGGAAAUGAAGUCUGGGAUUCAAAGUCUUCUAGCAUCCUACAAGUGCUUGUUUCACUCCAGGGAUUGGUGCUAAAUUCUAAGCCGUAUUUUAAUGAAGCUGGCUAUGAUAGGCAGAUUGGGACGCCUGAGGGAGAGAAGAAUUCAUUAUCAUACAAUGAGAAUACUUUCUUGCUAAAUUGCAAGACAAUUAUGUAUCUUAUGCGGAAGCCCCCAAAGGACUUCGAAGAGCUUGUUAAAGACCAUUUCAGGAAGCGUGGUUAUUACAUCCUUAAGGCCUGUGAUGCAUAUAUGAAAGGUGGUUUAAUAGGCUCUCUAACUGAGGACGCCUCUGUGAGUGAUAAGAGCAAUGCCAAUUCAACUUCAGUUGGUUUCAAGCUGAUGCUAGCAAAGAUAUUGCCAAGGCUUUUCGUGGCACUCAGUGAAGUUGGAGCUGAUUGUCUUGAAUUUAAGCAUCUGCAACAGUCUUAGCGUAUUUGGGGACAUCUUGGUCAAGCCACCAACUUCAGUCUUCAACUAGGUCAGUCUUUGAUUCAUUUUCAUUAAUUACUUCAGAUUUCCAGCUACCCAUCAAUGUAAAAGGCUUUCCUUCCUGCAUUGUGAACGUUUGAUUUAUGUGACCUGUGAUAGAAACGUUCCCGUGUCUCGUUUGGAAGGCUAGUCUGCAAAAUUGCUGGAUCUCCUAUUUUUUUCAUAAAUGAAACUUUUCAUCAGCUCACACAGCAUAUUGGAAAUGA